CGCCGGACGUACCGGAGCGGCGCUGGACCUGAGCUAAAGGGAACGACGAGGAUAGUUGCAGCCAGGAACAGGAGCAGGAGUUGUCAGAUGAGGAGCGGUUGGUUACUCAGUCUCAGGAGCAGCCGGAGCCAGUGAAAGGAUCGGUCGGAGUCUGAGACCGGAGUCAAUCUCCGCGCUGAGCCGGCGCCAGCUGCGGUGACCGCCGGUGUCAAACUGCUGGUCAGACCCACUCGGUGGUCGGUGGGGCGUGACGGACGGCAGCGGCGGGCUGGGACGGCGGCCAGAGACGGCUGUUAUCCCGGCGGGCCCACCCCUCGCAGAGCCGAGCGGACCGGGCGGUCAGUCGUGCUGAGAGGGUGCCGCGGUGAGGCCGGCGGACUGAGAGGGUGCUGCGGUUAGGGUCAGUCGCGCUGAGAGGGUGAGACGGUGAGCCGAGUGCUUCUGAAGCCACAGUCGGUAGUGUGUGAGAGGCGGACUACCGGAUUGUGACGGAGGAGUCUGGUGUCGUUACGACAGAGUCAUGUCGGCCACGGCGUUCUCGUCUAUGGAUCGGUCAUGGUACCGAGAGCUGCACGGGUUUCCGACGCGCUCCCUGACCUGGGACGGAGCUGACACGCAUAGUGACACAGCCUCGAACAAGGCCGACUACGGUCUGGACGAGCUGCAGCACCUGAACGUGAAGGACCGCUUCUCCGUGUUCGAGCGCGCCAACAGCGACGAGCUGGAGAAGACGCCUACCUCGGUCGAGGUCAAACGCUCCCAGAGCAUCCUGGACAAAAUGAAAAAGUUCGACCGGACGGCGGCGCGGGAGACGGCCUCUCCGGAGGAGUCCGAAGACUCCGGGGACGAGGGACGAGACCGAGACACGGUGCGCUCCUCCACCAAGAAGGAGCGGCCCAUCGGGCUGGCCGGACUGGGCGACGUCAAGAGCCGCUUCGAGCGGGGCGGUGCCACCAGCGACUCUGACCCAGACCCGGCAAAGGGCGAGGCAGCCAAGCUGCGCGGAAUGAUCUGCGGCGCGCGCGAGCACAAACUGGCCUAUGAGGAGGCGCUGCGUGGACGGGAGGCGGAGGCCGAGGCGGCGCGCCGGCCCAGGGACGACCCGAGCCUCGUCAUCCAGGGUAACCUACGUGAGUCGUACGAGCGGGCGGUGCAGGAGGCCGAGUCUCCGCGGCCCUCGUCCCGGGAGGAGGCCGCGGUGCGCGGCCGGGCGGCCGACAUGGCCUCACGCUUCGAGCGAGGACAGCUGGAGACCGAGAAUGGCGACGGAGCUACGAAUGGCGACGGAGCUACCCAGAACGGCGUCUCGACCUCCGAGGACCUGAGCGGUGCGGCCGAUACCAGCCCGACCUCCGACACCGGCUCCGGAGAGGUGGCUCGGGUGGAGUCGCCCGAGCAGCCGGCCGCCCCCGCCCCCGCCCCCGCCCCGGCGGCCGACCCUGAGCUGCUGAACAGUGACACCACCAAGCGGAUGCUGAACAAGUUCAAACAGCUCGAGCAGAACGCCGGGCACGGCGACGAAGCAGCCGCGCACGGGGAGCUGAGUCCGCAGCGCGAGCGGCCGCAGGGCAACGCGCGCCAAAUGCUCUCCAAGUACCGGCAGAUGCAGGAGGCGGCGCAGCGGGAGGACCUGCCCGACGGCCCGCGGCCGCUCAAAUCGUUCACCCCGCCGCCGGAGGAACCGGUACCGUCCUCAGAGGACCCCGAGGACGCCGGAGAGGACAUGGAGCCCGAGGAGGACCCCGACAUCGUCCGGGCCAGCUCCAAGGUGCCCGACGAGUUCCUGAACAAGAAAACCGACCAGGCUCGCAGCCUGCGGGAGAAGUUCGAGAGCUGGUCGCCGCCGGCCGAGCGCGGCUUCACGGUGGAGGAAGACUGCAAGCCCACUCCGGAGAUCACCAGGAACCUGCGCUCCAAGUUCGAGUCGCUCAAGGAGCAGCCGAAGCCGCAGCCACAGACGCAGCACCGCACCAGCAAGUUCAUCCUGGAGCCGACCCAGGCGGCUGAGAUGUGCGGCGCCUGCAAUAAGCGUGUGUACGCCAUGGAGCGACUCGAGGUCGACAAACGAAUCCUGCACAAGAACUGCUUCCGGUGCUCCAAGUGCAACUGCGUGCUCAGAAUGGAUACCUACACUUUCAAUGCAGGGAAACUAUUUUGCACGCCGCACUUCAAGCAGAUGUUCAAGACCAAGGGCAACUACGACGAGGGUUUCGGUCUGGAGUCUCGUGCCAAGCACUGGAGCGGCGUGGUCAGUCACAACGAGCAGACCGGCGAGCGGACGGGCGCCGGCAGCGCCUCCCCGCGGCCGGCCGACGAACCAGCCGACACCAACGGCUCCUCCAGCCUGCCGGACACCAACGGAGCCCACAGCCCGGAGCCGGAGCGGGAGCAGAGCCCGCAGCCGGAGCGGGAGCCGAGCCCGGAGCCGGCGCGGGAGCCCAGUCCGGAGCCGGCGCGGGAGCCGAGUCCGGAGCCGCAGCAGCCGCAGCCGGCCGAGGAGGCUGAUGUGUUCCAGCAGGUUUACGAGUCGACAGUGGCCGACGGCCUGUGAUGAGGGAGCGACUGUGAGGGCGACUGUGAGCGCGAGUGGACUGUGUAAUUGUGUGCGAGUGUGUGACGUUUUACCGCUGGGCCGGGCGCUGGACCGGCCCGGUCCGACGGCUCGGACCGAACGCCGGCAGAGUUUUACCGAGAGAUGGAGAGCGGCCGAGUCAGUCCGGCGAGCGCCGAGUCAGAGUCACCGGCGGAGUCACGGCGCGGACUCCGCGCGAGUGAGACUGCUGAGAGACGGACCCCGAGUUGUACCACCGCAGACAGCGAGACUGUGAGACGGGCCGCCGCCGGCGCGGCGCCCCGAUAACACGCAGCGCGAGCGACCGCUUCAGUUCCCGCUUCUUAGAUGAAUUUUAUCAGUCUCGCACUUCGUAUUUUGUUAUUUUAAAGUGCUUUGUAUACGAUGAUCGAGAGCCAUUUAAAUAUAAGUUAAAGUCUUA